AUGCCACCCUGCUCUAUGCUCCGACUCAUCCAAACAGCUACCGUGAUCCACCGGAACAAAAGCCAGAAGCUCAUGAAGCGAUACAGCCUACAAAUAUCGUGCAGAGUAAAGCCCAACGCGUCUGGUGAUCGAGAGGGCGUCACUGCGGUGGGAACGGAGAAGGUGGACGUUUGUGUAUCUGCGGUCCCCAAAAAAGGAGAGGCAAACGCAGCUGUGUCUCGUGUCUUUGCAAAGGUGUUUGGGGUCGCGAAAUCCGACGUCGAGGUCACCCACGGACUCACAUCACGCGACAAGGUUCUCUGCAUCUUUGACCUAAACAUUGGAGCGGAGAGCGAAGAGGAGUUCCUACAGAGAGCUGGCCAAAAACUACAAGACGCCGUGAUCAGGAAAUGA